AAGAACCAGCAGCUGUUUAGUCUCCUUCUGUGACCAAAGGUGUGCUGAACAGUGCAAACUUUUGCCAUGGCGACCUUUGAUGACCUCCUGGAAGAGGCUGGGAAUUUCGGCCGCUGUCAGAAGCGUAUCUUUGCCCUGCUCUGUCUGUUGUCGAUACCUUAUUCAGGUGUGUACGUCGGGACCGUUUUUCAGAGUUUCACCCCGGAUCACUGGUGUCGGGACUCUGCGGUGGUGGAGAGGAGGCAGGCGUGCAGCUGGAGCCUGGCGUUGAGCCGCAGGCUGACGGUGCCUGUGGUCAACGUCUCCGGAGUGCUGCAGCAGAGCAGCUGUGAGCAGUACGACGUGGACUGGAACACCACGACGCUCAGCUGUGACACACAGGAACUGAACCUCAGUGAGGUCCCACUUACAGCGUGCAAGGAUGGCUGGGAGUAUCAGUAUGAAGGCAGGAAGUCCUUUGCCACAGAGUUUAACCUGGUGUGUUCAGAUGGAUGGUUUGUGGACAUGUACCAGUCCACUCUCAAUUUGGGCUUCCUUGGUAGCAGCUUUGCUUUUGGUUUCUUUGCUGACAGGUUUGGCAGGAAGAUCAGUUUCCUGGUGUCCAACAUACUGAAUGCGAUCUCAGGGAUUGCUCUGGCUGUGGCUCCAAAUUACAUCUCCAUCCUGGUCUUGAGGUGCAUCUUUGGCUUCGGAGUCAAAGGAGGCUGGAUGUCCUCAUAUGUGCUGCUCACAGAGAUUGUUGGAGUGGAGUACAGACAGACUGUGGGCAUUUUGUACCAGAUGUUCUUCAGCGUUGGUGUCCUCAUCCUCCCUCUGCUCGCCUACUUCAUCACGGACUGGCGCUGGCUGCAGUUCGUCAUCACUGCGCCCUUCAUCUUCUUCUUGUCCUACUACUGGUUUAUCCCAGAGUCUCCGAGGUGGCUUAUCUCUCAGAACAAGUCUGCGAAAGCUUUAGAGAUCACCGAAGCUAUGGCUAAGGAGAACAAGAGGAAGCUCAAGAACUCUGGGACUCUGACUGAUGAGGAGGGUGGUUCCUCUUCUGCCUCUUUGCUGGACCUGUUCAGAACUCCAAAUAUGAGAAAACACACUUUUAUUCUCAUGUUCAACUGGUUCACCAGUGCUGUGGUUUAUCAAGGCCUCAUUAUGCGAGUGGGGAUCACGGGAGGUAACAUCUACGUCGACUUUGUCAUUGCUGGCCUGGUGGAGUUCCCUGCUGCCUUCCUCAUCCUCCUCACUAUUGAACGCAUCGGCAGACGUAUUCCCUUCGCCUCCGCCAACAUUGUAGCCGGAGUCUCCUGCUUGAUCACCGCCUUCAUCCCUGACAGUAUGUUCUGGUUUAAGACCGUGUUGGCCUGCAUCGGUCGGUUGGGCAUCACCAUGACCUUUGAGAUGGUGGUGUUCGUUAACACUGAGCUCUACCCCACAUAUGUCAGGAACCUGGGUGUGUCCGUUUGUUCCACUCUGUGUGAUAUUGGAGGCAUGGUAGCUCCCUUCCUGCUCUACAGACUGGCUGCCAUCUGGCUGGAGCUGCCACUCAUUGUCUUCGGUGUGGUCGCGCUCGUAGCUGGAGGUUUAGUGUUGUUGCUUCCUGAAACCCGAGGAGUUCCUCUCCCUGAGACCAUUGACGAUAUUGAGUUUCCUGAUAGGAAAACGGAGGAUGUAGUGGAGAACCACCAACUGAAGACACUUUUAAAGUCAGACCUGACAAACAAGGAAACAACAACUGUGUGACUGUCUUUGUGUGCAUGCAUGUGUGUGUGUAGACUUAUUCACUGUGAUACAACACGUUGCUAAAAACAAAAACAAGUUUUUAUACAUUUUCUAUAAAGCAAGA